CCCCAACGCCCAAAAACCGAAGCCAAAACCACGAAAGCACGUUCUCUCGCACCUCGGCGAACCUCAUUCGCUCGCGCGGCUGGCUCAUUCAUACCGCCCUCCGCGGCUCGUCCGCGCUUGUCUCGGCUCAGCAUGUUUCCCAUCCUUUGCUGCUCCGGCCCGUCCGCCGCGGACGACGGCGACCUGACGAUGGACGAGGACUUCGUGCCGCCGGACCGGGAGCCGCUGCGUUCGGAGCGGCGGUCCGAGCUCGUGGAGGUGGAACGCCUUCUGACGGACAUGGAAAGUCGCUUGUCCACCCAUAUCAACCUGGUGCACAAAGAGGUGUGCGACUUGAAAGUCGCCGAGCAGGCGGUGGGAGGUCUCCCCACCGACGUGAGCCACGUGACCCACGCCAAGAGCGAUGACGCGCCAAUGCCCGGGCGGAGCUCCCACUUCUACCGCGCACGAGUCCCGGAUCACUUCCGACAGCUGGUGAGCGACAGCUUGCGCUCGCCCCAGCGCGCCGGACGCGGCGGCAACCUGGGCGGACCCUCCUCGCGCUCGGCUGGCUCCAGCUUCCAGUGGGAUAGCUUCCGGCUCUCACCACCGCAGCUCUCCUCUUGCGCGGCUUUUUGUGAGAUCAUGAUCCUCACCUUGGUGAUCGCUUACUCCAUCCUGAUGGGUCUUUCUCUACAGCAGUUGAGCUCCACCGGCGAAGCACCGGCCUGGGCCUACCCCGUCGAUCUCACUUUCAACGUGCUCUUCGUGAUCGACGUGGCGUUUCGCUGCUUUUUGGAAGGUCGUCGCUUCUUCUGUGGCCCUGGCGCUCGAUGGAACAUCGUCGAUUCCUGCGUGGUGUUCUUCAUCGUUUUGUCGCAGCUGCUCAGCGAUUUGGGCUAUCCAGAUCUGGGAAGCAUUUCGGUGCUCCGACUACUUCGGAUUCUUCGAAUCUUGGGCGUCGCCCGGCUCCUGCGCUUCUUCUGCCGCUGGCGCGCCUUCCGUUACCUCCGGACGCUGGCGGCGUCGCUGGUGGAGACCUCCAAGUGCAUGCUGCCGCUCAUGGCCUUUGUGCUCGCCAUCGUUUACCUCUUUGGAAUGGUCUUGACCGAAGGGAUCUGGGAGGUUUGUCGCUCUGAAAUGGUCCCGGACGAUGUGCUGUGCGCGAAGUUCGGCACGCUGAAUGCCUCGAUGAUGACCUUGUUCCAAAUCCUCUACCACGGUAUACUGUGGGGUCCAGUGUGGGAUGCCUUUGGCGUGGAAAUGGCAGCCAGUUGGUUCCUCCAAAGCAUUUUCCUGCUCUUCGUGUGCUUCGCGCUGAUUGUGGUGUCCAACGUCCUGGCCAGCUUCCUCUUCACCUUGCAGAAGCAAGUUGGAGAUAAGGAGAGGGAUACCUUGAUUCAGAACGAGAUCGAGUCCAAAGAGGAAUUCUUACGUUCCAUGGCGUUGGUGUUUCGAGACUUCGAUCAAAACAGCAAUGGCGCCAUCUCAUGGACGGAGUUCGAGUUGGCGCUGGAGGAUGAACGGAUGUUGGCCUUCUUGGCCUCCAUGGGCUUGGACAUCUCCGAUGCCAUCGGACUCUUCGAAGUCUUGGAUUCGGAUUCCACUGGUGCCAUCGAACAGAUGGAGUUCCUUCUGGGCUGCUUACGUCUCAGAGGCGGUGCAAAAGCUGUGGACCUGGUCCGCGUGCAAAUGGAGCAAGAAUGGGUGCAUCGUGCCAUGUUGCAAGUCCGUCAAACGCUGGGCGAGAUGGGCAAGCUCCUGCAGAAGAUUCAGAAGACGCAGGCGGGGACCCCCUUUGGCCCGUCCAAGUCCGAUGUGAUGAGCAACUUCAUCAGUGACUCGAAGGCGCCCACGGACUCCUAUAACUUCAUGCAGUCCACACCGUUACCCACGCCCAAGACCAAGCACCGCACGCAGCUCUUGCCCCACGAGCGGGCCGUGACGUUGCAAGAGUUGGAGCUCAUCGCGGGCACCACGGACUGCUGCAGACGUGAAGGCUGGAUGGCAGAUGGCAAGCUCCUCCAGCCGCACGAGGUGAACUUAUAUCAUUUCAACUACGAACACAUCCUGCCCCAAACAGCUCCUGACAGUGGGAUCUUACUGAAGUCUAUGAAGGUGGAGUCUCCGGUUCAGCUGGGCGACAUCAUCGUGCAAUGCGACGCGGAGGGCGAGACCAAAAGGCCCCCGCAGGCAUGCGGCACGGUGCUGAGGGUGGAGAAGCAGGCGGAAAACCUGCUCACUCUGGCCGUCAAGAUACACAAGGGCCGCUUCACGACCUCUGCCCUGGAUGGGCUCAUUCGCAUCGGUGGGCGAGAGCCGUGCGGCGUUCCCAAGGAGAUCAGCUCUGAGGGCUCGAUUAGCUACAAGGAGCUACUCUCAUCGGUGGCACGAUUACCAGCUUGGUACUGCUCUCAUUGGUGGGGCGAACCCAUCCGUUCCUUCGUAUCCUGCUGCAAGCGGCACGGCUACUUGCGGGGCUUGACGCUGCAUGGCAGUGGCACGUACUGGGUCUGUGGCUAUGCGAAUCGCCAGCAUGAGCUACAACAAGAGAUCGGCAGCGACUUGAAGGACUCUUCCUUUUACCAAGCUUUGCAGGUGGCAGAUGGGAUCUUGUUGAUCCUCGAUCAAGAGGCCAAGCCGUUUUCGAGGAUUUGGUGCGACUACGAGCUCUACGCCGCGAUCACGGACCCCGCGAAGGACUUCGACCUGGUGACGGCCACCGAGGGCGUGGCCUUGGGUCCCCAAGCGCUGAUGCUCAGCAAGAAUUUGCUGCCACAGGAGUCCGCGGUGGCCAAAUCCGUUCGCGAGCAGAACUUCCCCAUCUCCUUCCUCCUGCGUGGACUGUCCGUGCGCUUGGAGGAUGGCGAGGCCACCGUCGAGGCGGACAAAAUGAAGAUCUUGAGUGCAAUGGCUGGAGGGAACUUGAAUAGCUCGCGCGGGCAAAUGCUCUUGGAGAAGAACCUGAAGCAUGCGAACGAUACACUGCAUUCCACGCUCGCCGUGUUAGCAUGGCCCCAAGCCAUGCAGCGGGGGCUCUUGGGUGAGAUGAAGCUGGCGGAGGCCUUGUCAGCAGAUGUGGGCCGAGAGCGCUUGGAGCUGAGCCUGGCGCAUUUCGAGGCCAGUUGCACAGACGCCGCCAUGAAGGUCCUGGCGACGGGGCUUCCGCCGAAUCUCCAGGAACUGCGCUUGAGCUUCGAAGGAUGUAAUCGCAUCACUGAUGCUGGUGUUUCAGCCCUGGUGAGACACCUGAACCCGAAGCUGAAGCUCCUCUACUUGGACUUCAUCGGCUGCGCCCUUCUCACCGACUCGGCGAUCCUCUCCCUGGCCAAGCAUUUGCCCAGCACUUUGAUCGAACUCCAAGUCCAUGUGGCGGGCUGCGAGGGUGUGGGCACGGCCGCCGUGCAGCAUUUGAAGCAACACUGGCCCGCCAGUCUGCAUCAGUUCCGUGGGUCCUUCAAAGGCACGGCGGUGAACCGGAAUUUCCGGAACUUCCAAGAGCUCCAAAGCUUUUGGACCUGAUGGAUCGAGGGGGCCGGAAAAAAAUGGGCC